AUGAGGGUUAUUCGGCUUGGAGUACUUGUGCCGUCAUCAAAUACGGCUGUGGAGCCUCUUACCCAUGCCAUCGUCUCGUCAAUCCAAUCAAAGGAUGUCGCCAUUUCCGUACACUUCUCACGAUUCCGAGUGACUACGAUCGACGUUUCCCCCGAGGCGAAUGCGCAAUUCGAGCUCUCGCCGAUUCUGAACGCUGCCAGGCUGCUCGCAGAUGCGAAAGUGGAUGUAAUCGGUUGGAGUGGUACAAGUGCGGGUUGGCUCGGCUUCGAGCAUGAUGAGAAACUCUGUGCAGCAAUCGAAGCAGAGACCGGUAUCAAAGCCACGACAUCCGUAUUGUCGCUCAACUCGAUUCUACGUAGCCUGGGUGUCAUCUCCUUCGGGCUCGUGACACCAUAUCGAAAAGAGCUGAACAGCUUGAUCCGACAGAACUAUGCAGCAAUUGGUGUGGAUAUCAACGCGACCUGGGAUCGCCACCUCGGGAUGACGGACAACAAUGAGAUCGGGAAAGUGGACGAUGCCACUUUAGACGGGAUGGUGAUGGAUGUGGCGUCGAAUGGCGCAAAUGUCUUGUCCACUUUCUGUACCAAUCUUCGGGCAGCGCAACGCGUCGAGCACUGGGAGAAGUCAGCUUCUGUCAUUGUUCUCGACACUGUGGCCAGCGUCGUCUGGGGUAUGCUGAAGAUUGUAAAGGUAGACACGAGGCUGGUGAAGGGAUGGGGCUACAUGUUUGAAGUUGAAUGA